UCCAAGGAUGUCACUAUUCACUCUUCGACGAGUCAGUUGGCCACUUGCAGGGCCUAGAAUUUAUUUUCUUGGUGAGGAACGGUUCGGAAUCUAGUGAGAAGAAGAAAUAUCUUUCCGAAGAAACAGUGUGAAGAUUGAAGAUUUGUUGAAGAUCUUCGUAUCAGCAGUAAGGAUUACCGAAACAGUUCAGAAUGCAACAAGUGACACAGUUUAAGACUCUGGCAUACGUUUCGCUGGUGUUCGUCGUUCUAUCGGCGGUUAAAUUCUGCCGGGCUGAUGCAUCCGACCUGGACAGCGUCAGCGAGGGACGACACAAGCGAGGACCAACCGUGGGGCUGUUUGCCUUUCCAAGGGUUGGUCGUUCCGAUCCGGACCUACUGGAGUGGAGCGAUGCAGCCGCCGUUGCCGCAGCUUUACCGCUGGAAUUAGCCGACGAUUAUGAAGACUACCCGAUCCGGGAGGCGAAACGCCAGGGCUUAGUCCCAUUCCCGCGAGUGGGCCGUUCCGGAAUGAACGCGGCUCGCUUCUACUGGCCCAAGACGAUGAUGCCCCAGCAGCAGAAACGUGCCGGCAAUUCCGGUGCCAACAGCGGCAUGUGGUUCGGGCCCAGGCUAGGUAAACGUGCCAACGCAGCAUCCACCGAGAUCAAAGGAACUGAAGUCUACACCCCUCGUUUGGGUCGAAACUCUGAAAGACCGCAGAUUGGGGAAUCCGGAGACUUGAACGCCCGAAGCAGCAGCAGAAGCAAACUAGAGGACUUUGAACGCCUGUUCCGAUCGUCGGACAAUUAAUUUAGAUUUUUCUUGACAUUGCUCUUUCGGUUUCGUAUUGUAUUGCUAUUUUACACGAUAACGUAAGGCCAAAUUGUCUGCUAGAGAUCCAUUCGAUGAAAAUCAAACCAAAACGCGGAUAAAGGCUGGAGAAAGCUUAUUGAACCGGAACUGUAGGGACAGUUUCUGACAACAAGCUUGCUGACUUAUUAAACAUGAUUGGGUCUUUGACAAACAAUUUCUCGCAAAAUAUUAACAAUGCAAUAACAAAAGACAUACACUCUUAGAAAAGCAAAAGUAUCACAUUUACGGAGUUCGGCUCCCUAAAACACACACACAACACAAAAUUGAAAGAAAAAAUCCCAAAAAAAAAAUCGUAGCAAACCCAAAGCUUUUGUGUUGUGUUGCUCC